GUUUAGGUUUGUUCCCGUUUUGAAUAUGGCUUCUCGUCGAUGUGGAGUUGGCGUUACAGCGCAAACAGACAACUCAGAUCGACAGAGCUCUGAUGGUCCAAGCUGUCUUAAAAGGGAAGGUAUCCACCAAUUCGUUUGACUUUGGCCACUUUUCUGCUUCCGCGGACUAUGUACCCAGCUCCAGCUGUGACGACGUUGCUGAUAGCGUGAAUUCGUGCUCAGAUAUGUCCGUUUCGGAUAUUCGAUACUUCAUAUGUUGACGUCAUGAACUAAGUUCCUGUCUCCCUUCUAUUGCUCUCUGGUACGGGUAACUGUGGUUUUUCAUUGUUCAACGGACUUGCUUUUUAUGGGAAGUUUUUGUUAGACUUCAUCUCUGUUUUUCUUUUCAGUCCAGAAGCUUUUGCUAUUAAAUUGGGU